AUGAAAAUCGCAUUGUUGGCCAAAAACAAAUUGGGGUUUGUGGAUGACACUUGUUCUAAAGAUUCAUUGCCAGAAGAAAUGGGUUAUCAAUGGGAGCGGUGUAAUGCAAUUGUACUAUCUUGGAUUUUGAAUACUGUCAGCAAAGAACUUUUGGCAGGGAUUGUUUUCACAUCUAGUGCAGCAGCAGUAUGGAAUAACCUUUGUGAGCAGCAGAAUGUUGAGCAUAGUUUGCAACAACGUCUAUUUCAAUUCUUAAUGGGUUUGAACGGGACAUAUAAUGCCGUGCGAAGUCAUAUUUUUUUAUUGAAUCCGUUACCAUCUGUAAGUCAUGCAUACUCAAUGCUUGUGCAAGAAGACUCACAAAGGCAGCAUAGUUCCAGUGAUGUUGGGGCUGAUCCAAUCUCAUUUCACUCAGUACACAUGGUACAAAAGAAACGGUUUAAUGGUACCUGUGAUCAUUGCAAGAUUAAAGGGCAUAAAAGGGAGAAUUGUUAUAGGCUCAUUAGCUAUCCUGCAGAUUUCAAGUUUACUAAGAAAAAAGCGAACACUAGUUCUGGAUCCAUAGUGAAUAAUGCCUCUGCCAUUGAUUCUGCAAGUGGCAAUGAAUUGAGUAGUAAUAUUAGCUCUUGCCCAUAA